AUGGCGACCGCCCUGCCCAAAGUAAAUCAAAAUAAUAUGUGUUGGCGCGCAAAUCGCUGUUCUUUAAAGAAUAUAGUAGCUAAAAAGAAUUCAGGCGUAUAUUUUUUGCCCCAACAAAUUCGGAAUGUUACAUAUACAAAUACUAAUUCCCAUCCGGGUCCCUUAACUGCAAAUUCGUCACCCUCAACAACUACGCCUCCACGUCCGCUUUCCACUGUCUCUAUCAAAAAUUUGAUAGAAUCCAUUCAAUUUGCCUCAGUUCAACCAAACAAUGCUAGCUCUACGAUAAAUAAGACAGAACAACGACGUGGACAUUCGCCACAACACUUUUAUCAGAAUCGAAUUCUAGACCGUUACGUUUCUCAACCUGUUCAUACCAUAACUCUUCGCCAACUGGUGUUUUUCGGAAGGAAUUUGACCGAGGAACGAUUAAUACAAAGUGGAAAUUAUGUUCGUUCGGAGUUGCCUAUACGUCUAGCGCAUCGUAUACAUGAUAUUCAAAAUCUUCCAUUUAUUGUUGGAACAAAUCCCCGCAUAGCAAUGGUAUACGAUUUGUAUUGGUCGGCAUUUGAAAAACUACGGCAAUUCCCACCAAUAAAGACUAUGGAAGAUAAUGAUGCGUUUUGUACGGCUGUUAAAGGGUUGCUUAAGGAACAUUUGGUGGUGAUUCCGCAACUAGCAAUGGGAAUCAAUGAGUGCUCUGGACAUAUACCCGAAGAACAAAUCAAUCGGUUUAUGUACAAGAUGUUGCGGUCGCGAUUAUCAAGACGUGUUUUAGCCGAACAGCAGAUUGCAUUGACUGAAAAUUGGCAUGAUCCUGGUUACUGUGAAGAAAUUAUGAGUGGUGGGUAUAUUGGCGUUGUAUCAACGCGUUGUAAUGCACGUGAUAUUGUAGAGAAAGUAGCUAAAAUGACUCGGAAACUGUCUCAAAACAAAUAUGGAAUUGUUCCGCCAGAGGUUUUAUUGGAUGGUGAACAAGAUACUACGUUUGCCUAUAUUCCAGAACAUAUUGAAUAUAUUUUAUAUGAACUUUUGAAGAAUUCGAUGUGUGGCGUGAUUGAGAAGCAUGCGCCUGCUUCCUCUAUAUCGAGAUCGACACGAACAGAUAAUAUAUCAUUGUCCAAUUCAUCUUCGUUGCCACCAAUAAUCGUAACUAUAUGCUCUGGUCCAACAGACAUUCACAUUCGCGUAUCUGACCAAGGUGGUGGAAUUCCCGAUGAAAUAUAUUCCCACAUUUGGUCAUUCUCAUCCUCGCAUAAACUAAGCGACGACAAAAAAAGCGAGAAUAAAUUUUUAAAUUUCGAAAAAGUACCGAAAAUGGCAGGGACUGUAGAAGAGCAAGAAGAUGCGAUGAUUCCACCAUUACUGCACUUGGGCAUUGGAUUGCCAUUGAGCAAAGUAUAUACCGAAUAUUGGGGUGGCGCAUUGAAGAUUCUGACUAUGGAUGGAUAUGGUACUGAUGCCUACGUAAAAAUUACGAGAUUAGGAAAUCGUGAAGAGAAUUUAUUGUAA